UAACUAGAUUUUGUAAGGUUUGCAUUAAUAUUAAGCAAUCGUUAAAAGUGUAAUUAAAAUAGAGGAAAAUAUGAAGCCAAAGAGAAAAAGAAAUGAUAUUGGAGCWCGUAGUCUACCUCACAAUGAAGACAAAACCAAAUUAUUGAUGCACAGAUGGCGUUAUCCAAGUCUUUCCAUUCAUGGAAUAGAAGGUGCCUUUUAUGAGCAUGGCGCAAAAACUGUCAUACCAGCUAAAGUCAUAGGAAAAUUCUCUAUACGUUUAGUUCCGAAUCAAGAUCCAGAACAUAUCACUGAGUGCGUUACCAAAUAUUUAAAUGAGAAAUGGCAGGAACGAGGAUCUCCAAACAAAAUGAAGGUCAACCUUGUAAGUAGUGGCAAACCUUGGASUGAAGAUCCUAACCAUCCUCAUUAUGAGGCAGCCAAAAGUGCAAUCAAACAUGUAUACAAAACGGAGCCUGAUAUGACACGAGAAGGUGGGUCUAUACCUGUGACACUAACACUUCAAGAGGCCACUGGCAAACGCGUUAUAUUAGUCCCUGUAGGCGCUUGUGAUGAUGGGGCCCAUUCACAAAAUGAAAAAAUAGAUAUUUACAACUAUAUAGAAGGAACUAAACUUCUCGGAGCUUACCUUUACGAAGUUGGAAAACUGGAAUAAAUCUAAAAAAUCAAUGCAUCUAAUGAAA